ACACCGGAAGUACUACAGGCUAGCAACCUCGUGUUGUAUUGUGGGUAGUUCACCCCUAACAAUCAUGGCAGACGCCUUCGGAGACGGCUUGUUCAGCGUGUUUGACGAAGAACAACAAUCGACAACGGGUAAAAAGAUACCCGCGUCGUUGACACCAGAUAUAGGAAAAGUUGUUGGUAAAAAUGGGACUGACAAGGAGGCUGGUCCAUCUCCCCGGAUCAAGAGGGAGGCAGACAGUGACGGAGGAGAGGAGGUGGUGUUUGGGAAGAAGGCUCGACAUGAGGCAGUCUCUGCUAAUGACUUGAAUCUGUCAGAAUUUAUGCCCCAAGUGAAGGUGGAGCAAGUUGAAACGGUGGAGGGAUGCUCACACGAGGUUGCUCUACCUGCUAGUGAAGAUUAUAAACCCCUGAAACCACGAGUGGGGAAAGCAGCCAAGGAGUACCCUUUUAUUCUCGACCCGUUCCAGCGGGAGGCUUUAUUAUGCAUCGACAACAAUGAGUCUGUGCUCGUGUCUGCACACACCUCUGCUGGAAAGACUGUCUGUGCUGAAUAUGCCAUCGCUCUAGCCCUCAGAGAGAAGCAGAGAGUGAUCUUCACCAGCCCCAUCAAGGCGCUCUCCAACCAGAAGUACAGAGAGAUGUACGAAGAGUUUCAGGAUGUGGGGCUGAUGACGGGUGAUGUCACCAUCAACCCCACUGCCUCCUGUCUUGUCAUGACAACAGAAAUCCUGAGGAGCAUGCUGUACCGAGGCUCUGAGAUCAUGAGGGAGGUGGCAUGGGUUGUUUUUGAUGAGAUCCACUACAUGAGAGAUGCAGAGCGUGGUGUGGUGUGGGAGGAGACCAUCAUUCUUCUUCCUGACAAUGUGCAUUACGUCUUCCUGUCAGCCACCAUCCCCAAUGCCAGACAGUUUGCUGAGUGGAUCUGCCACUUACAUAAGCAGCCAUGCCAUGUAGUCUACACAGACUACCGUCCUACUCCGCUGCAACACUACAUCUUCCCAGCAGGUGGCGACGGACUCCACCUGGUUGUUGAUGAGAAUGGUGACUUCAGAGAGGACAAUUUUAACACAGCGAUGCAGGUGCUGAGAGAUGCAGGGGAUUCUGGGAGCAGCAGUGGAGGCAAGUGGGACCCAAGAGGACGGAAAGGAGGCACUAAAGGACCGUCCAGCGUAUUUAAGAUAGUGAAGAUGAUCAUGGAGAGAAACUUCCAGCCUGUCAUCAUUUUCAGCUUCAGUAAGAAAGAGUGUGAGGCCUACGCCCUGCAGGUCGCCAAACUCGACUUCAACACAGAUGAUGAGAAACGACUGGUGGAGGAAGUGUUCAACAAUGCAGUGGACUGUCUCUCAGACGAAGACAAAAAGCUCCCUCAGGUAGAACACGUGCUGCCGCUGUUAAAGAGGGGGAUAGGAAUCCAUCAUGGAGGUCUGCUGCCCAUCCUGAAAGAGACCAUAGAGAUUCUUUUCUCUGAGGGCCUGCUGAAGGCCCUGUUUGCCACAGAGACAUUUGCCAUGGGCAUCAACAUGCCGGCUCGCACUGUUCUCUUCACCAGCGCACGCAAGUUUGAUGGCAAGAACCACCGCUUUAUCACAUCAGGUGAGUACAUCCAGAUGUCUGGGCGAGCCGGGAGGAGAGGAAUGGACGACAGGGGCAUCGUUAUCUUCAUGGUGGACGAGAAGAUGAGUCCAGCUGUGGGCAAACAGCUGCUCAAGGGCUCAGCUGACCCUUUGAACAGUGCCUUCCACCUGACUUACAACAUGGUGCUCAACCUGCUGCGUGUGGAGGAGAUCAACCCUGAGUACAUGCUGGAGAAGUCUUUCUACCAGUUCCAGCACUACAGAGCGUUGCCUGGUGUGGUGGAGAAAAUAAAGAAGUAUGAGGAGCAGUACCACUCCAUCGAGAUCCCCAAUGAAGAGGGCGUAGUCACCUACUUCAAAAUCAGACAGCAGCUUGCCAAACUGGGCAAAGAGAUACAAGAGUUCAUCCACAAACCAAAAUACUGCUUACCCUUCCUGCAGCCUGGGCGCCUUGUUAAGGUGAAAAAUGAAGAAGCUGACUUUGGAUGGGGAGUUGUUGUUAACUUCUGCAAGAAGUCGAACACCAAAGCAAGCACAGACUCUGAGCCGCUGUAUGUGGUGGAGGUUUUGGUCCACUGUAGUAAGGAGAGUGUGAAAGAUGCUGCGACUGAGGCUGCAAAACCUGCAGCUGCAGGAGAGACUGGAGAGAUGCAGGUGGUCCCCGUUAUGCUCCAUCUCCUCACCUCCAUCAGCUCUGUUCGCCUGUACAUCCCAAAAGAUCUGCGUCCCUUUGACAACAGACAGCUAAUGCUCAAGUCUAUACAGGAGGUACAGAAACGUUUCCCAGAUGGUGUUCCUCUUCUUGACCCCGUGGAUGACAUGGGCAUCAAAGACCCGGCGCUCAAGAAAGUUAUUCAGAAAGUGGAGGCCUUCGAGCACCGCAUGUACUCGCACCCCCUGCACAGUGACCCCAACCUGGAAUCUGUCUAUUCUCUGUGUGAGAAGAAAGCUCUGAUCGCAGCAGAUGUUCGAACAGCCAAGCGGGAGCUGAAGAAAGCCCGCACCGUCCUGCAGAUGGACAAACUGAAGUGCAGAAAGAGAGUUCUGAGGCGCCUCGGCUUUGCCAGUCCCUCUGAUGUCAUCGAGAUGAAAGGACGGGUCGCCUGUGAAAUUAGCAGUGGUGACGAGCUCCUGCUGACCGAGAUGAUUUUCAACGGCCUCUUCAACGAUCUGACGGUGGAACAAGCCACCGCCCUGCUGUCCUGCUUCGUCUUCCAGGAGAACGCCAGUGAGAUGCCAAAACUUACUGAGCAACUGGCAGCUCCUCUGAGACAGAUGCAGGAGUGUGCAAAGCGGAUAGCCAAAGUGUCUGCAGAUGCCAAGGUGGAGGUGGACGAGGAGACGUAUCUAAACCAGUUUAAACCUCACCUGAUGGACGUGGUAUAUGCCUGGGCCAACGGUGCAACGUUUGCUCAGAUCUGCAAGAUGACUGACGUCUUUGAAGGGAGCAUCAUCCGCUGCAUGCGUCGUCUGGAGGAGGUCCUGAGACAGAUGUGUUCUGCAGCCAAAGCCAUCGGAAACACAGAAUUGGAGAACAAGUUUGCAGAAGGAAUAACGAAGAUCAAGAGAGACAUUGUGUUUGCUGCUAGUCUCUACCUAUAGAGAUCUCAGCUUUCUUACACGAAGGACUCUCGCUAUGCCAGGAUUAGGAUUGGUUUAUUUGUAAUUUCUUAGUUGUGAUUAACCCCCUGAUUGAUCUCUAACUCUCUAAAUUGAUUCAUUUCUGAGGUCGUCAGUUUCUUCUUCACAAGACCUAAAGUGCGCUUUGUUAAGUCGUGUUGAGUCACAUUAUCUACAGUGUGCUAAAUAAAAGUGUGCACAUUUUUCCUGUUAGUGAAUGCCUCUAAGAACACACUGAACAUUCAUUCUUUUAUUGUUUCUGCAUACAUUAGGAAAAGUGGUGCAUAAUAUGACAUCAUUUUCAAAAUAUGAGGCUGCAAGUAAACAAAAGAGGUCAGGCUUUAAUUUAAAUUGAAGGCUCAUGAUAGAAUACAUCACACAUGUAUGUUUCAUUUGAGUUCAUGUUAAUGAGUGAAAUGGCUUUCUUUUUCCUCUUUUCUUAUCUUACACAUUUGUAAAUAUUUGUAACUGUUUUUCAAUAAAAGUCUGUAUGGUGGUUUGUUCUUGCAUACAGAUGAUAUAAAA